AUGUCAUUCAUACUGAAGAGUGCCUAUAUGAAUCAGGAUGCUGAUCCUGAAAAGAUCAAGAUGGCUGAAGUCCAAUUUGAUGCAAUGUCUAAAACAUUUAAUACAAUGCUGAAAAGUUGUCGAAACAAAUGUAUACCCGAUGAAUAUGGUGAAGCUGAUUUAAACAAAGGUGAAAUGAUGUGUAUUGAUAGAUGUGUUGCUAAAUAUUAUAAAACCAAUUUAAAGAUAGGACAGGUGAGUGCUCUUUGA